GAAAGAUCAUCCCGGAAUCACAGAGCGAAUCUGCACGGUGUCUGCGCUGGAGUCGCUUUAUCUAACAUGAGGACUCAAAGCGCUUUUAUUUUAUGGACUGCGAUGGUUCUUCAUUCGUCUGUCAUAAAAGGUCAGACCACAGACUCAUCCACAGACGCAAGAUCCGCUCUGAAUGAAGUCACUCCAACAAAUCGCGUGACUUCAGAAAGUGGCAUUUUGGGAUCGCGAGCCACUACAUCCUACCGAAGCGUCUCCUCUCCUUCGGCGGAUUUCACGACGGAGGUCACACCUACAGUUCCUCCUCCAUCACAGUCAUCCAAAGACACCUCUCCUUCACCAGCCGUCUCCCAGACCCCUGCGCUACAAGAAGUCACCACCCUCGACGCGGACACUGCCUCGGUACCAGGUUUUUCUACUGCAGGUUCUUCUGCUAGCAGCCCGUCGGUUUCUUUUUUGAAGAGCACCGUUUCAUAUUCAGCAGCCACCACAGCUCCUGCAACAUCCAUCGAUCAAAGCGAAGGACCUCAAACGGACUCUACUCCAGCCAGCAGCAGCGUGAUGCAGACCACACAAACAGCUCCACUUUUCACCCCCACUUACCCUCAGACUUCUCAGAUGGCCCUGACCAGCAGUUCAAAGGUCACCGGACCUGCUCCUUUGGAAGACCAGGAUGAACCUUCCGAACUGGACGUGGGGGAUCAAGAGUCAGGGAAGGUUCCUCACCGCCCCGCUUCACCCCUGGACCCCCUGCUCGCUGCUCUGGUCACCAUUUUCAUCAUUUGCACCGCCAUGGUCUCGGCCGUCCUCUUCUUCAGGUUUCGCCAGCGGAGCGAACAUCCAGAAUUCCACCGGCUUCAAGACCUCCCUAUGGACGACCUCCUAGAAGACACGCCACUGUCAAGAUACACCUAUUAGCAAGAAGGGAUCCCGCUGUUUCAUGAUCCGAUUCCUCAGGCGGCCGGUGUUGUUAUUGCUGAAAACCCCUGAAAGACGGCUUUCACAACCGAUCUCCGAUUCUGGGUUUUUCCGGGCUUUGACGCUAAAACGUGGUUGUGUGAUAUUGGAAUAAAAACGUAGUUAUUUGACUAUAUUACGAAAACCAUUCAAGUAAAAUACGGGCUCCAGUAAACAGAAUAAAAUAAAUGUAUCGGUGUUAAAAACUCCAAGAAGAAAAUGUUCAAAUUAAAAAAAAAAAACGGAACUGAUGUACUUUUGAUUCACUUUGAGAUCCUCCACAAACGUAGAUAUACUACAACAAGCAUUUUCCUCACAAACAUGACACGUAGAGAAGAAAGAAUUCACAUUCGAGUUAAUUAGAGAGUUUGCUGGAGAUCACUGGCUUGUUUUUUCCCUUUAUUAGACACUAUAUUACGAGGCUGUCAUUUGGUUCAUCCUAAAGCUAAACUCCGGCGUUUACCGUCGUCAGGUUUCGAUCCAAUCAGGAUUUUCAGGUAAAGAUAUUCACAGUUCACACAAAUGCACAGCUUUGACCGAAAUCACUACAGUUCAGACAUUUUUUUUAGUCCACAACAUUUUACUGAUACGACCGCUCCUUGACUUUUACAUAACUUUAUUUCAUUCUCGAGGUAUAAAAUUUCUCGUAUCUAGAAAAGCAAAUAGUACCGCACCUUUCUUUUUGUAUUGUAGGUGCUUCUGCUUUUUUUCCAAGGCAUUUUUUUUUUCUCGAAAAACGUUUUAGCAUACAUGUCUCUGGACUUUUGCACUGUUAGAACUGUGAUGUUGUAGUCGGGAAAAUCGUAAUUUUUAUGUGACGGGCUUGUAGAAUGAGAACAAAUUGGGAUUUUGAUAUUCACGACAAAGUUGAUCGUCCGGAUCGAUAGUGAAGCUACGUGAAAUAACUUGAAAUGUAUUUUAGCAUAUUCACUUCUGUCUACGCUGGUUUUUGUGGUAAACCUAGUGCCUAAUGUACUUUGUGCCAAAAAUGCGUUAAAUAAACUGAUAAAUAUAUAUAUUGCACAGUUGUGUUGUUGAGAUGAACCUGUAAAAAUGAGAGUUUGUAAUAAAAUAAGAAAACUG